GAAAAUGCACACUUAGCUCCUUCACAUCCAUUUCCAUGCUCCACUUUUUCAUAUAUCCAUGCUUCAGAAUAAUAUACACACACACACACACACAAAGUGUGUGCGUGUAAUCCUCUCUAGGCCUCCCCCCCCCCCAGUGCAAUUUCAUGAUAUGCUUCUGACCCAAGUAUAGUCAAAAUAUUAUCUACAGUUUCAACUGUCUAUGAGAGGAUCUUGGAAUGUUUCCACUGUGGAUACAGGGGUCAUACUGAAAUUACGAAGUAGGGAAGCAGAAAAGAAUAAAACAGGAGGGAAAGAAAGCAAAACAGAAGUGAAGAAUGGCCAUCUGUCGGGGGUGCUUUGAAUGCAAUUUUCCUGCUUCUUGGCAGGAGGUUGGACUGGAUGGCCCAUGAGGUCUCUUCCAACUCUAUGAUUCUAUGAUUCUAAGAAAGAAUAUGCAGAAGAUAUGGCUGAGAUAUUCAAACUAAAUAAAUACUAAAAGGUGGUAUAGCUGUAAAUAUUGCCAAAGUGCAUCUGCAGUAUAUCUAGUAAUUGGUAAGUAGUGUAUAUUUAUAAAGGAAUAUAUGGCAUCACCAUAAGUCGGCAGAUCACUUGAAAUGACUUCACACACACACACACACACACACACACACACACACACACACACACACAUUCUACCGAUCCAAUUCAAGCAAUUUCUUAGUUGUCCUCUUCUCCCCUCCCCAAUCUCUGAUAAACCACUGACAUGAUGGUAAUUGAUUGUAUUGUGCGUGAUCAAACUCAGCCUCUUUAUGAGCUUACGGUAGUUUCACUUUUCUUAUCAAUUCAUUAACUUGAACUUGUCUUUGCUGCUUUCUCCAGUGCCUCCCAGAGAGCUCAGCCAUUUCAGUUCAGCAGACACCAGUGAAGUCAAAAAGAACUGAAAUAAGCUCAGUUGCAAAAAUGUCUGUUAGAAUGGUUUCCCAAGCAUCCCAUGAAGAAAGGAAGGGAAUGAGGUUUGGGCUGAAAUGGACAAUAUCCAUUUGGCCCAUUUUCUCAAAUACUUUCCUGCCACGAAAAAACAGCUUGGAAAGUUAAUCCAACGUCUUCGAGAAAUUGCAAACAGCAUCAACGAAACUAACAAGAAUUGCACCAAAGUCAGAAUUUUUGCCAAUUUUACAAGUGCCUUUUCUAACAUUUUAAGUAUUGGAGGAUUGGCCUUGGCCCCUGUCACAGCUGGCGGAAGCCUCGGCCUGUGCAUUGCUGGGAUUGGCUUUGGGGCUGUGGCAGGAGUCACUAGCCUGGCCACUACUGCAUAUGAAAGCAGGAAUGAUAAAAAGAAAAUGGAAACAGCGGAAGACCUGGUAACCAAAUGCCAAAAAAGUCUAAGAAAUGUUAUGCAUCCCCGUGGAACUGAUCUCAGCUCUGAAUCCCCAGUGAAUGAAGGAACUUUCUGGAAAAAGAUCAAGCAGCUUGGUUCCAGUGUUAUCAAUGGAGGCUCCAAGAUUUCUACUGCUGCAAAUGGAAUCAUAACAAAUGUCCAGGCCCUGAAAUUGGCUAAUGCUAAUCCUGCCAUGAAGGCUUUGGGCAAGCAAGCAGCAGCUGCAGGAAGCAGAUCUGGGAAGACAAUCAGGAAUGUGAGAAAGGCCUUUGCAGGAACCCCUCUUGCAGUGUCCAAAGGGGCUAGGAUGCUGGGCUCUCUUUCAUCUCUUGUGUUUCUCCUGCAAGAUGUACACAGCAUUUACCACGACAGUCAACGUUUAAAAGAUGGAGAUUCAGCUGAAAUGGCAGAAGAAAUCAGAGAGAAGGCUGAUGAACUGGAAAAAGAACUGAACAGUCUCAACAUGUUCUAUGAGGAAAAAAGGUUUGCAUGAAAGAAUCCAAUGAGCCAACUUAUCUCUAUGAUGAGUUCCUUUUUGACCGUUAUCCAUUUUAUUGUUGUUGUAUGUUUUAAAGUUAUUUCCAGCUCAUAGUGGCCCUAAGGCAAUCUAUGACAAGAUUUCUGGGGCUGAAAGUCACUCCAUGGCUAAUCAGGGAAUUGAACUCUGGUCUCCAGCGUAAAACUUAAACCACUAUACCAUGCUGGCUUUCUCAUCACCAAUAGCCAUAUCCAUGUAUAGCUAAUCUCUACAUAUCCCUCAAUAUACUCUACAUACAACCCUAUCCCCAUAUCUGUCCUAAUUUGACAGAGACUGACCUAAUCAAUCCUCUGCCACUCCCUUAUUGAGGCACAGUGACCCCCUAAAGAUUAAUAGUUCACCAAAGGCGCAGAAAUAAUUAUUUUCCCCUUUUAAAAAAUACCCUUUCUGGACUUACACAAGUUCAAAGCAUCAGAAGAAUGAGAGCAAACAAACAGCAGCUGUAAACUCCUAAACUCUGCCAUAUCUAAACCUUUGAUAAAUUGCAUCUGCUUUAUGAUUUUGUGUAACUUGUAUCUUUCAACUAUGCACUGUAUCUAUUUCUUAUAUAUGAAAUGUAUAUAAACUGUUUCUUAGAAAUGUAUCAAAAUGUAACUUAGAAACACUCACCCUUCUAUGACUUUGUUCAGAUAAUCUCCUGGGAAUUAAAAGAGUUGGGCAAAUCCCUCUGGGUAUUUCCCAACUCAGAUAAUCAUCAGAUUCAUUAUGUAUAUGCAAAGACAGGUGACUUCUUUUACCAGUCAGAUAAGUCCAAAAUGUUGGUAAAAGUUACAUGAAGCUGUGAGUCUGCCACUCCUUCAUGAAAAAAAGAAGCCUAGAGUGUGUUCAUUUGUUAACUCUUUUAUUGACAGCCAAGCCCUUGAUUACCCAAGAUCAGCACCUUUAUCCCUUGUGUCUUGUUCCGUUAUUUCCUAAGAUCCAUAUCUUUGUUUGAGCUCAUCAACAUACCUUCCUUACCAUUUGUUUUCCCCGGACUGUGCCCUCUGCAGCUGAUUGGUCCUUCAAUCUAACCAGUCUCCAGCUGCCAUUCUCCCUCCUAGCAAAUCCCAGCACAGAUCCUAGCCAGCCUCUUUUCUGGCCAAUCAGGAGAGGGAGCGGGAAGCCUGAAUCGCUGUUAGAACUGUAUAAGAUGUCUUGUAUUUCUCUGUAUGUUUAUGCUUUUGUACAUUUUGAAACAAAUUGCUUGUACUUGGACCCUUUUUGGCUGAAUCAUAAUAAACCUCUGUGGCUUGUCUUCAA